AUGGCCGGCUACCCGCCGGCGGGCAUGGCCUGGGGCGGGUAUGCCCACCCAGCGGUGCAGCAGCUGCCGCAGCGGCCUCAGGCACUGCCCAUCGAGGCCCUCGGGCUGGGGAUCGGCAGCCGCAUCGAGGUGCGAUGGGACAUUGUACCGGAUGAGGGUGAAGACGGCGACCCGUAUACCAAGUGGUGGGGUGCGCGCAUCAUCCGACAGGCGCCGCCGCAGCAGGGUGUGCCGAUGGGCCCCUGCUACGUCAUCGCGUACGACUCGGACGAGGGGUUUGAGGCAGAGGAGCGCACGAUCAGGAUCAUGUCGCAACAUGACUUGGUCGACCUAGAGGAUGGCGACCCGCUGCACUGGCGGCGCGAGGGCGAGAGGUGGGAGCCGCCAGAGGAGGAGACGUACAGAUAG